AUGUUCUCCUUUUCGUUGUUGGGAAGUAAGCGCUUGGGUCAACUCGUAUUCCAAUUGCAAUCCGAGCGUGGCUAUCAAACCCCGAGCAUACCCCAAGGGGUCAAGGCGCAAAUGGAAUCGAAUCAAUCCAAUGCGAAUAUCAACUUCUUCAAGCAUCUCCGACAGGAAUUCUCUAGAACUUUUUUGUCACUUUACGCUUUUGCGCUUUGCGAUUGGCUAAGACAUCUUUGUGGUCGCGAUCUGCACAGUUGUCCCCCGAUUGUCGACUCAUCCCGGCUUAAGACCGAGGAAAUUUCCCCGGCUUUAUUUGCACGUCUCACAAUCUCCCCGAACUUCAUUCCUCCAAUCCUCGUCGUUUCAAGGAUCGUGACUUUCUCAUAUCCACCUCUUCCAUCCGCACUGUUCAUCGGGCAUCUCGGCCUAACUUUGACAACUGUCACGGAGAGUCAGUAG